GCACCAAGCUCACACAUCGCAACAAUCGCACACGCACGUGUCACACGCGACAAGAUGGACUCGACACGACGAACGACCAUGUCGCAGGAACCAGGCGUCUUUUCUGUGCGCCGACCACGAGAGAGUCUCGCGCCCGUCUCACACAAUGUAUCCGCCAUACCGAUGCUCGCCUCAGCGAUGAAGCGAUCCAACAGCCAGUCCAACUACCACAAUGCGCCCGCGACGGCGACACAUCACCGGUCAACGUCGGGAAGUAGAAUGUCCCUUGCGCCUGGCCGGCCGGCGCAACCCAUGUUCCAGCGCUCUUCAUCAGGCGACAAUCUGGCAGGAAUGGGCGGCUUCAGCACCGUCCAGCGACCGAGCACACAGAACUUCUUUGCGAGCACGGGUGGGAGGAAGAGCUUUGCGCCCGUCACUUCGACACCUGCAAACCCCAUCCAAUUCGAGGCGAGCACCCAACGGAGAAGUUCUGUAUACAGCGCGCGACCCUCAGCUGGAUUUGGACCUCAAGGGCAUCAGUCGUUCUUCGCGACUGCUCCUCCGACGAAUGGCAUUCCCACCGACCCACGACGAUUGCGCGAUUCACAGACGAGGCAAGCGAUGGGCCAGGAGCUUAUGGAAUUCCUCACCCAGCGCAACUUUGAGCUGGAGAUGAAGCACAACCUUACCCACAAGACCAUGACUUCACCGACACAGAAAGACUUCAAUCUGAUGUUCCAGUUCUUGUACCAUCAGAUCGACCCGGCAUACCGCUUCCAAAAGAACAUAGAUGCCGAAGUGCCUCCUUUGCUCAAGCAAAUGCGCUAUCCGUUCGAGAAAAACAUCAGCAAAAGCCAGCUUGCUGCGGUGGGAGGUAACAAUUGGAGCACGUUCCUGGGACUGCUGCACUGGAUGAUGUUGCUUGCGAAGAUGAUGGAGCAAUAUAGCAUGGGCAUGUGGGAUGACGCGUGUAUCGAGGCUGGCUUCGACGUGUCCGCGGACCGCAUCACAUUCGACUUUCUGUCUAACGCGUAUCGAGAAUGGCUGUCGAUCGAAGACGACGAUGAUGAGGAAGAAGAGGCGAAGAGGAGAAUUCAGCCACACAUCGAAGCCAUGGCCAUGAAAUUUGAACAAGCGAAUGCAGCGAACUUGGAGCAAGUAAAAGAGCUGGAGGCAGAGUCUAAGAGACUGCAAGAGCAGAUCGACGAGCUGAGCAAGUCCGCCCCUCGGCUGGCCAAACUGGAUGAGACGAUCAAGAUCCUGGAAGAAGACAAGCAGAAGUUCGAACAGUACAAUGCAAGCAUGGACGCGAAGGUGGAAAAAUACUCGCAUCGCGCAGAUCUAUUACAGCAGGAAAUCGAGAGGUGUGAAGCAGAAAUGGCAGAGGCAGAAGCUGAGCGCGCAGAUCUGCAACAGAAGGUUGACGAUCAAGGACUCACUGUACAGGACAUUGAUCGCAUGAAUACCGAACGAGAACGACUGAUAAAGGGCGUCGAGGCCACACAAACGCGUUUGGAAGAGGCAAAGGAACGGACCGGCAAGAAGGAAGUUGAGACAGGGUCAAAGCUGGAUGAUCUAGAGAGCGCAGUGCAAAAGUACAACUCUCUGGGCUAUCAGAUCGGGAUCAUUCCCUCCACAGCACACAACGCCAAUGGGAUCGACUACGAACUGCGCCUGCGCGUCAACUCUGGACCAGACUUCUCCUCAUCCACCAGCGCUGAUGCAGCGAACGAUCGACUAUUGCAAGACCCCAACAACGGAUACGCUCCCCAUCUUCUGCUUCCUACUCCGGACCUAAAACAGAUCAAAUUGUCUCUCCAGCAACUCCGCAAAACUAUUUCCGAACGUCGGAAUGCCAGUCUGGAAGAAGACAUGGCCAAGAUCGACAUUCUAGAUAAGACUCGCGAAGCUCUUGAAGACAAGCAUUCCGAACUCGAAACGCUCAAACACCGCGUUAGUGGCGCGCAGGAAGAAUUCGAAAAGAUGCGCGAAAUCUCCUCAGCUGCUGCCAUGCACUCCGAAGCUCAAAUCGAGAAGAUGGAGAAAGAACUCAACAAAGUCCGAGUUGGGCUGGGCGAAAGCGUGCAACUUAUGGAGCAGAGAGAAAUGGGCGUGAAUUUGGAGUAUGAGCAAUUAACGUUCCGGGCUGCAGAAUUGCGAGAAGAAUUGCACACAGAACUAGAGAGGAUUCUGAAAACAGUGGUGGACUUCAAGAUCCACAUUCAGACGAGUUUGGAGAGUUAUGAGGAGUUUGUCGCUGAAGAGGUGGAGAGAGAGUAUGAAGAGAUGGAGGGCGUCUUGAAUGCCAAGGGAGAGGAUACCAUUACAUUAGGGGUCGACGAUGAGAUGGAGGAGUAAGUGGCAUUCACCGGUCCAAGCAUGCGGGAUCUGCGGUUUUCCCAACAAUCACGAUGAAACGACAGGAUGGUUCGGCGUUCGAUUGCUAUUCCAGAUACCUCUUUUGCGCGGCUGUUUAUGUAUGAUGAUUCGUUGUCAUACUUCUUGACCAUAAAAUUCAUUCUUCGAUGCCUCUGAAUUCCG